AGUAGGUGGCGCGAAAGCAACCGUCCCUACUUCUCCCUCCUUUUCCCCAACUGAAACCGUUCUCUCAUAUUCCCUUUAAUUUUUAUUCUUUUUAAUUGGAAACUUCUCCAGUAACACCGAAAAUUUCCAAUUUCUUUUAAUCUUUUUUUGUUUUUUUAAUUCUCUUCCUCGCUUUCCCUCUCUGCUUCAAAAUCACGAAACUGCCAUCGCCGGCGCCGGAAUCUGAUUCCUUUUUCCGUUUUUUUUUCUUCGUUUAGCGUUCUCUCGCGUCGAUUCGUGGUUCUAUUGAUGCGUUUUCGUUUUAACUCCCUUCAGUAGAAGGUGUGAAUCUCGUAGUAAUUGAGUCAAUUAGGUUAUUAUGCGGUUACAAUUUCGUUUCUGAUCGAUCAAUAAAUUUAGUUUUGAAACAUUUUACUGCUGUUGCGUUUUCUCGAAAAUCUCGAAGGCUAGAAACUCGUUUGUUGUUGAUUCAUUGAAGGACUAGUGUUGUUUCAGAGCGGUUGCAUGAACAGUGAAACACUUAAACGUGUCUUGGGUGAGCGAGACACGAACCUGCCAAUGCAUACAUCUGUCAUGGAUCUCUGUUCUGAACCCUUUGUUUCUUUCAGUUUGCAGGAAACAAUGUCUCCGAAUCAUGUUAGGUUUUCACAAUAGUUUUAUGGGGAUGGACAAUGAUCGUCCAUGCACGUGGACCUCCUUGUCUUUACCCAUAACCCAAACAACAAUACCACCAUCGAAAUCAAACUUCAAUUAAAAUUUAUUGCAGGGAAAAGGAUCUUCUUUCUGGAUAAUCUGUGCUGUCCAUUUAUUCCAUUGAGUGCAGCACUCAUGAUUGCCAAACAUCCAAUAGCUGCUAAGUUUGAUUUAGCUUUAUGAGAACUUCCAUCAAUGUGGUCUAAUUGGGAUAGAGUGGAUGGAUGUAUGUGAGUCAGAGCAAGCAUUAAGGAAACACAGAACUAGAACAAGACAACCCUUGGUUCCUGCUGAAAAAAACAAUGCAAUCACCACCACCAGACGCUCAGGGACAAGGGAAAUUACUUCGCGGUAUAGGUCGCCUUCGCCUACUCCGGCAACUCCAUCCGGUCCUCGUCGAUGUCCCUCUCCAAGCCUCACAAGGGCAACGACACCUGCAUCAUCCAAAUUGUUACCCAAAAGAGCUCAAUCAGCAGAGAGGAAGAGGCCUGCGACUCCACCUUCCCCACCAAGUCCUUCCACACCUGUCCAAGACUCAUCAAUAGAUGUGCAUUUAUCAUCCAGAAGGGUGUCUGGUAGCAGAAUGCCAGAGGCCCUUUGGCCUUCCACGAUGCGAAGUUUGAGUGUUUCUUUUCAGUCAGACACUAUUUCCAUACCUGUUAUCAAGAAGGAGAAGCCAGUGACUAGUGCUUCUGAUCGUACACUGCGGCCCAAUUCAAACGUGGCUCACAAGCAGGUUGAAACACCAAAUGUAAGAAAGGCUACUCCAGAGAGAAAGAGGAGUCCUCUCAAAGGGAAGAAUGCCUCUGAUCAUACCGAGAAUUCGAAACCCGUUGAUGGUUUGCAUUCUCGAUUGAUAGAUCAGCAUAGAUGGCCAAGCAGAAUAGGUGGGAAGGUAUGUUCUAGUGCAUCAAAUAGAGGUAUUGAUCAUGCUGAUAAGACAACCAGAAUGUUGAACUCUUCUGUUCCGGGAACUGGUGUGUCUUCACUGCGAAGAUUGUCUUUACCGGGUGAAGCAAGAAGGCCCUUGCAGAAAGCUUCUAGUGAUGGUGCAAGGCUAAUGUUGCUUGUUGAAAGUGGUAGAAUAGUAUGCGAGGCGAAACCGGUUGAUGACAGUUUUCAAGUACUAAGACCUCACAAAUUUGUUCCAGCAAUAACAUUGGAUAAAACAGGAUUAGCAGCAGCUGGAGUUAGAUCUCAGUCCUUGUCAAAUCCAGGAUCACGGCUACCAUCACCCAGUAAGACCUCAGUGUUGUCCUCUAGUAGUUCAAGAGGUGUUAGUCCAUUGCGGUCAAGGCCUUCAACUCCUCCUAGAGGGGCUAGUCCAUCUCGAAUAAGGCCAGCCAAUUCAUCCAACCAAUCCAACAACGCAAUUUCAGUUCUCAGCUUUAUUGCUGAUUUUAAAAAAGGAAAAAAGGGUGCAGCCUUCAUAGAAGAUGCUCACCAAUUACGACUUCUCUACAACAGGUACUUGCAAUGGAGAUUUGUCAAUGCGCAAGCAGAGGAUGUAUUUUACAUCCAAAAUGUAACUGCGGAGAAAUCACUGUACAACGUAUGGCACACUACUUUGUCUAUAUGGGAAUCAAUUAUCAGGAAGAGGAUCAAUCUCCAGCAACUGCAGCUUGAGCUGAAGCUGAAUUCUAUUUUGAAUGAUCAAAUGGCCUACCUUGAUGACUGGGCUGUACUUGAAAGUGAUCAUAUUGAUUCCUUAUCCGGGGCUGUAGAAGACUUGGAGGCGAGUACUCUUCGUCUUCCUCUAACUGGAGGGGCAAAGGCAGAUAUUGAACAUUUGAAGCAUGCUAUCUAUUCAGCUGUUGAUGGCAUGCAAGCAAUGGGAUCUGCUAUCUGCCCUUUGCUGUCACAGGUGGAGGGCAUGAAUAAUUUAAUUUCUGAAGUUGCUGUUGUAUCAUCUCGGGAAAAAGCCAUGCUUGAUGAAUGCGAAGCGCUACUGAAUUUUGCGACAGCUAUGCAGGUUGAGGAAUAUAGCCUUCGGACGCAUCUCAUGCAGAUCAAGCAAGCUUUUGUGCUGCAGCCAAAUUCCGGGAAACUAUAAUUUCUGAGACGUUACAAAUGAUUUACUAUAUUUAAAAGAUUCUUGGGAAUGUACGGCUGAAACUUCAAAGAAUCAACACCCAAGAUUCUUUACCCAUUGUAAAUUUUUUGUUAUAGGCUUCUUUUUUCCCCCUUCCUCAAAUAUGUUGCAAUUAUUUUUCCAUUAUCUUCUUUUUUCUUUCUAGUCAAUGCCGGUGGCCUAAGUCUUCCACUUGUAAUUUUUGUAUCAGGCAAAUGAAAAGAAAAUGCAAACGAAAGCAGCAAAGUAUUUCUUCCACA